AAUGUUCCAGCCAAGUUGACGAAACGUAACGUUACUCUCCGCUUCUCGCGCACUAAACUAAAAUGGAGCCAAACCACAGUCCCUUUGUUUCUGCUGUCGGCCUCUAUACAGCGCCAAUCUCAAGAACUAUGUAUUUACUACACGUUUUAAGAAAAUUGACUACGUAGAAGUAACCUCUGCACAAAAUUCGACCACUUUCCCCUACUCUUUCUCAUUCCAUCUCUCCCCCUCGUGUAACAGUGACUGCAGUAUUGCCAACAGUCUCACUUUAUUUUAUUUAUGGUUUAUUUAACGACGCUGUUAGUAGCUCGUGGCCACGCAGUCUAAAGCCUAAUUCACACGGGGAUAGUUUACAGCAGUCAAGAGCUUGAAGCAAGUCGACCUUCCUUCUGCUUUCACCGUUUGAAUUGAUGGAGACAGUGAAGUUGUAACUUUCUGUUCAAGCAGAAUUUGAGUUGCCGAUCCUUCAAAUUUCCCGUCACGUAAUCAUCUUGGCUGCAGCACAUUUCUGACCCUUCUUGUAUGAAUGCUGACUUGUAACAAAUUAUCACUUGCAAGCUGAGAGUGUCUCUUAGUUUGUAAUAAUUAGGCCUGUGUUUUGAAAAUAAUUUCCGGGUGUGUUUUAGUGUGUUAGUAUUUAUGUUUUGAUAUUACAAUCAGCGCCACAAGUUGGAAUAUAAAUGAAAUAGUUAAAUUCUUGGACUUGUAUGAGACAUACGAAAUGUUAACGUAAUAUUCCUCGUGAAGAUUACAUGAACAAAAACAAAAGAGAAUUGUUCGAGAAGCUGAUGCUGGAACUGAGGGAACAAGGAUUUGAAAACACUGACGUGGAAUUAAUGCGUAAGAAACUGAAAACGAUCAAAACUGUGUACAGACGCAAACUGUCAAAAUUUACGAAAUCGAAAAAGAGUUGUGCUGGUACCGAUGACCAGUACAAGCCAAAAUUGGCCUGGCCUGAGAAGACUGAUUCAUUUUUGGGAGGCGUUACUGCGACCAGAACGUCUACUUCAACUUUGGAGCUGUUGGACACCGACCCACAGGAAGACCCUGAUGGAGAGGUGCAUUCGCCUCGUGACAAGGCAGUAGCAUGUUCAUCUCAGAAUGGAGCUACUAGAACAGUGCCUCCACCAAUGCCACCUAUCUCAAAGAGAAAUAAGACUUCUAGUAUCUGCUUUGUGAAUGAGGUGAUUACAAAUCUCAAACAUACAAUGAACAAGAAUAGUGAAGAUGAACUUCAACAGUUUGCGGAUCAUAUAGCAGCCCAAUUAAGACAACUGCCUCUCCAAAAUUCCUUAGUGCUGCAAGAAAAGAUACAAAAUUUAAUUACAAGGGAGAGAAUUUCGCACAUGACACCCUCUUCACCUCUGCACGUUAAGAUUCCCCAAGAUGUCAUCUGUCUAUCGUCAACACCGUUGAGUGAUCAAUUAGAUACUGAAAACAGAUAUUCUUCAGGAAGCCACUAUAUCCAUUAAUUCGGAAGACUUCAGAUGAAUGAAUCUUAAAAUGCCUACAAGUAGGUACUGGACAAAGUGAUAAAAGAAGAAUGUAGUAUUUUAUUAAUUAGACCUUUUAUUAUAUCAUUAUUAUGAGCAUUAAUAAAGUAAAGAAAUAUCUGCCUGUCUAUUAUUAAUGUGUAAUGUAUGUCUAAUAAAUGUAAUUACUUUCAGAUAUAUACUAACUCACUUUUAUAUAUGAGCGUAGGCAGUUAAAUAUUGCAGUCAGGACCUAUUGUGUUAGCUGGUACUCUAUACAGAUGGUGCUAUCACCGCUUGCCAGAUAACAUAAUGAUAUUUCAACCUUUGUACAGAUCUACAAAACUACAUGGAAUCAUAACCCAGAACAAUGUAAUCUUAAAAACACAUUCCUUGCUAUUCCUUUUUUGGGCCUACUGCUAAUAGAUUUUAGAAGAACUGAAAUUAAAUCUUUCACGCUUAUUUCUGUAUGUCUUUCGGUCAUUAAACACUUCUAGCUGCAUUUAAAUAUCAAUGUAUACUGCGGCAAUGUUAUAUUUACAGUGUAAACUAUGUAGAUCUUGUGUUUAGAUCCAAGACAGGCACUGAUGUCAAAAUCUACACUGCUUUUGGUGCGGAUGCCAAAUUUCUUUGCAGUUUCAGUGCUUCAUGCUGAUUCUAACCUUCUACAAACAGUGUAAAACACAUACAAACAACAUUCUUUUUCCAGUUCAAAAUUCAUAAUAUCUCACAAACAUAAAAUAUACAGGGAUCCAGCUUCUGACCUUAUGUAUGUGUUGCUAAAUGACUAGGCCCAUCAGAAUGAAAUUUUAAUAGUUUACAAUCCAAGCUUUGGUAGCAAGCAUUACCCAAAUUCAAUCAC